CCCAUUACUAUGUCUCCCACAGAAACUCAACAAUGUCUUCCACAAAACCCAUAUCACUCCUUGUCUCCAUCACUUUCUUCUUCUCUCUCCUCCUCAGUUCAUCCUCAGCCCAGUCCGUCGUCAAAGCUUCCUACUGGUUCCCAGGGAGUGAGUAUCCCGUCACCGACAUUGACUCAUCUCUCUUCACUCACCUCUUCUGCGCAUUCGCUGAUCUCAACGCUCAAACCAAUCAAGUCACCAUCGCCUCCGCGAGCCAACAGAAGUUCUCCACUUUCACUCAAACCGUCCAACGGCGAAACCCUUCUGUGAAAACCCUCUUGUCCAUCGGCGGUGGAGCCGCUGAUAAAACCGCGUUUGCGUCCAUGGCAAGUAACCCCACUUCUCGAAAAUCGUUCAUUGAUUCUUCGAUAAGACUUGCGAGAUCGAAUGGCUUCCACGGUCUUGACCUAGACUGGGAGUAUCCGAGCAGUGCUACGGAGAUGAGCAACUUCGGGACGCUGCUUCGAGAAUGGCGAUCAGCGGUUGUAGCAGAAGCUAGUAGCAGUGGUAGACAGCGUUUGCUUUUGGCGGCUGCGGUUUUCUACUCCAACAAUUACUAUUCGGUACUGUACCCGGUUCAAGCCGUUGCCGACAGUCUGGAUUGGGUUAAUCUUAUGGCCUAUGAUUUUUAUGGACCGGGUUGGUCUAAAGUAACCGGUCCACCUGCCGCUUUGUAUGACCCUUCAAACGCAGGUCCAAGUGGCGACGCUGGAGUAAGAUCAUGGACACAAGCUGGACUUCAAGCGAAGAAAGCAGUCUUGGGAUUUCCAUACUACGGCUACGCAUGGCGUCUCUCAAACGCAAACAGUCACAGCUACUACGCGCCUACAACCGGAGCUGCGAUAUCAGCGGACGGUUCUAUCGGAUACGGUCAGAUAAGGAAGUUCAUAGUUGAUAACAGAGCAACAACGGUUUAUAACUCCUCGGUGGUCGGAGAUUACUGUUACGCAGGGACGACUUGGAUUGGAUACGAUGAUAAUCAGAGUAUCGUGACGAAAGUUAGAUACGCUAAGCAGAGAGGUUUGCUUGGUUACUUCUCUUGGCAUGUUGGAGCUGACGAUAAUUCUGGUCUAUCUCGUGCAGCGUCACGUGCAUGGGAUGCUGCGGCAACCACCAGAACUAUACAGGAGUAUUAAGGCUCUCCACUGUUCCGACUACGGCAAGUGGCGAUAUUUUUCUCAGUGACUAUACAUUAUACAAACAAAUAAGCGUUUCUAUUUGCGUGUAUGUUGUCAAUGGAAAGGGAACAAUAAUAUCAAGAUAAUAAAAGCAAGAAGCAUAAGUUAUUAAUGCUUCUUUUAUAUAUUAAGCAGCAAAUAAAAACAAUUUUAAAUUAAAUCCAAUAAAAUUUGAUAUUAUAUUUU